AUGCAAAUACAUCCUGCAGGUGAGAAGCGGCUGCCCAAACCCCGGGAGGUGCGCUUUGCUGCCGAGAUCGCCCAUCACCUGCUGCGCUGGGAGCCGGGACACGACAGCCCCAGCGACGUCUGCUACGAGGUGGAGCACAAAGUCUAUGGCACAAAUUCCUCCUGGACACCCAUCCCAGACUGCAUGAAGAUCUCAGGGCACUCCUGCGACCUCACGUACUACACUCUGGUCCCUGCCCUGCGUUACUAUGCACGGGUCAGGGCUGUGUCAGGGAACCACACGUCCCCGUGGCAAAGGACCAAUGCUUUCUCCCCACAAGAAGCCAGCCUGCGCCUAUCAGGCCAGAGCCUCUCUGUGAGGGGAAACACCAUCCAUGUGCAGCUGCAGCUGCUCCUCCGGGCAGGAAACCUCACUGUGAAAUACGACGACAUACAGAAGCACACGAGGCAGUACCGGGUGUACGUCAGGAGGGCGCAGGACAACAGGACGUUCGAAGAGGUGAAGAAGGCCCCGGAGUUCGUCAUCAGCAACCUGUUCUGGGACACGGAGUACUGCGUCAGCGUGGAGCCCGAGGUGGCCAGCCGGCGCACCCGCGCCGCGCGCACCGCCGAGCAGUGCCUCGCCAUCGGGCACAGACACGGGAAUGCAGAGCUGGUCCUGAGCAUCCUCAGCUUCUCCUUCAUCACCCUGCUGAUUUUGGGCCUCCUGGGAGCUCUGCUGGCCUGCACCUACAUAAAGAAACCCAUGAGGCCACCCUCUGUCCUGAAGUCUUUCAUAAAGCAAAGCCCGUUCUGGGUGGACCAGGAGUCCCCAUCCUCAGGCAGCUCAGAUGCAGAUGCUGUCCAGCAGCUGUUCCUGUGCCAGAAGGAGCCCCAGAAGGACAGCAGCCCCAGCACAGCCCAGCUGCCCCUGGAGAAGGGCUGGAAGCUCCCGGCAUGGCCUGAGGACCAGCUGUGCCUUCUGGGUCUGAGAGCCAUGGGGAGCAGGGACAGCAGCUGCACCAGCACCGACAGCGGCAUUUGCCUGCGCAGCUCUGAUCCGAGCUGCUCCUCAGGCCACAAGCCCCAGGGCUACAAGCAGCAGGUUCCCACUGGUGACGACAGUGGCGUGGGCUUGGGGAGCUCCUGCCCCUGCCCCACCUGCCCCUCCAGCAGCGGGAUGGCCAGCGAGCCCCUUGAAGCAGAGCUCAGCCCCUCCACCCUCCAACAAGCCAUGGAGUUCCAUGGGUACCUGCAGCAGUCCCAGGGUACACAGGAGCUCCAGCAGGACCCAGACAAGGGGGUGCCCUUCCUGGGCCACCCAAGCACCAUGGACAUCGUGCUGGGUGCAGAAUGCUCUGAGCUGCCUGUGGCCAAAGGGUACUUGAAGCAGUCCUCUCCGGAGCAGCUCUACAGCCACACACAGGACCUUGCUCCCUGGGGGGCCCUGAGCUGUGGGGCUCCAGGUGCCCCCUUGGACUCUAAAGCCAGCCCUGAACUGAAAGCUCCUUUCAACCUGAGCAUCUUCAACACUGACCUCCUGGGGACGCUGCCCCUCAUCUCCAGCCUCAGCACCAACGAGUGGCUGCAGCUGCAAAUCCAGCCCCUGAACCUGCCCAAUGGGGACAGCAAGGACAGCCGCCUGUGA